AUGUGCGUUCAGGGUCAACAGCCCAUGCAUUUCUACACAGAUCUGAUUGACCCCAACGACAUCGGGAUCAAUAGCGAGCACUUGUUCAAGUUUCGUCGCAACUCUACCUGCUCGCCUCUCACUUGGGAAGACUCCUAUGUUAGCAACAAGACCGCCGAGAACGGGGAAAUAACAUACCACUAUGAAUUUGGCAACACCGGUCACAACUAUAAUUAUUCUUAUAGCACCACUGGAAACCCCCACGACUGGCAUGCUCCAAGCUAUGUUGUCAGAACCUAUGGUACUACACCGUGGCCCGAGCAGGACUCCUGGCAACCGAUUCCAGAACUGAGGCCGACCCAGAACAAAACCCUUACGAUCAUAUUCAUCUCCGCUCUCCGGAUUUUCUAUCCCAAGCCUAACCGAGAUCCAAUCUUCCCAGCGGAUCAUCCAUUCGGGAGUGGUGACGAACCUUGGUAUUGGAAAUCGGAUCCUAAAGCUCGAGCGCUUGCAUGCAUUGACAGCAGUGAGAUUUGCACUUAUGACGGGGCUGAGUGCUGGCCUGCUCAUGAUCUGGCGCACGGAGGAUUCUCUGGUAUAGCCCUCCCACCCGAGUAUUGGUACACAAAGCUGUCCUUGGAGAAUUCCAAUAUUUACGACUCAAUCAAGACCCGCCUUGGAGGUGGUCUUGUUGCACAGGCAAGAGUGUCUCAGUAUCAAUCUCAAGAUCUGGGGGACGCGUUUUGGAGGAUUGAAGCCGAACGCCUCUUCCAAACAUCGCUUGCUCGAAUUCAAUACGAUGCGUGGGCUAUCGGAACCGGAGAAGAUCAAGCACGUGUACGUGAUGAUGGCUAUGCCGACGACACUCCCGACGAAGCUGGAAAUCUUUGUGGGAUCUUGAAAUUCCUGAGCUCGGAUUACAGGAAUGUUCCUCGGACUUUGUACAUCUGCCUGAUGUGCAUCUACCCUGGACUCCUGCUACUCUCUAUGAGAGUAAAAACAGUCGUCAAAGUGGCCAAUUGGUUUAAGGAGCAUUGCUGCUUCGAGUGCUCCACGAAGCGAGGACAAAAAGGAAAGGGGAAGGAUCCUGAAUCCGCCCCCCCGCUGCGAAAUGAUAGUGCGAAUGGCAUUGGAAGUGCUAAACAAGGCCUUAUGAAGAACACCUCGUCAAGCCUGGCGAUGCAAAGUACACUGCGGAAUGCCGCGCAAAAUGUAACGACAGAUGCCACAGGAAGUGCGAACGGAAAUGCUGGGGUAAGUGCUGGGGAUGGUGCUUCAGGCAGUGUUGAGAAUGCUCCAGGUACUGGAAAUGGAAGAGCUGGGGGAACUGCUGAGGGGAGUGGUACGGGAGAUGCUGCGGACGAUUCCACAGCAAAUGGUCCUGAAAAUCCUGCAAAUGGCGGUCCACCAGACGCUGCAUCAGUGAGGAGUGAAGCAACGGAUGAGACCGCUCCCGCCGAAGCCGAUGAAGAUGAAUUGGAACCACCCGUGCUUCACUGGAUACUGUGUACUCUCAUUGCGGGCUCGAUAUACUGGUUCAUCGGGUGCAUUAUUGGGAUCCCUUGGGCUUGUUCGGCAGGUAUUGAAGCUGUUCGUGACUGGUUCAAGAGACAACAAGGGGCCGCGGCUAGGAAAAGAACAAGUACCAGGGUGUAG